GCACGGCCACCGUCACGUCUUCAUCCGGCAAGGGCAGGUCAGUGGGAGAGCACAUCCUGGGGCUCCCGUCGACAACGCUGUUACCUUUUUCUGUGCUGCACCGUCAUGGUCGGAGAGGGACCGCGGCCAGCGGCGUGUCUCUGGCGUUUCGGGCGACGCUGUGAUGGCUGAAACGGCUGACUAGGCAGCUGGGGGGGGGGAGAAAAAAAAACGGGUUUAGAAGAGACUUGAUCACUUCCCGAUGAACCCUACCGAUCAGGAGAAGAACUGCGUGGCUGGCUGGCUGGAGGAGGCUGGGGAGAAAAACUGACACGUGGAUUACUCCUCCUAGGGCAUCAGGAAAAACAGUCUGCCUCCUCUGAGCUCAGCUACGCGACCGUCGCCCGGGUUCCUGUUAGUCCGGUCGUUCAGGUUUUGGUUCAAAUGCGGAAUAACCGAGAUAUGAUUGCCAGUGUACUUUGCGAGAAUGUUUGCUAUUUCCUAAACCUUCGCGUUUUUCACUGACCGAUCGACCGGAAAAGAUCGAAAGUAACUAGCCGAAGCGGUUGAAAGGAGGCUGCCGUUAUCUCGCGUUGAAUGGCAGUUAUUCAAAAAUAUGGCAAGAACUAUAGUCCAGAUUUGGUCUGUCACAAGGAAAACCAUCCGUCUGACAAGAUCGGAGUCCCUGGAUGUCACAGGAAGUGGCCUGAACACAACACCAACUGGUCAAGGCCAGUGGCGAGGAUAUGGACAGUGGUGCUGCUGCUCGGGACAUGCCUCCUCUACUGUGCCCGUGUGGCGAUGCCCAUCUGUGCCGUCAGCAUGGCGGAGCAGUUUGGCUGGACCAAGAGGGAGUCCGGCAUGGUGCUGGGCAGCUUUUUUUGGGGCUACUGCUUCACCCAGGUGUUCGGAGGCUACGUCAGCGACCGGGUGGGAGGUGAGAAGAUCCUCCUGCUGUCUGCAGCAGCCUGGGGGUCGAUGACAGCCUUCACCCCCAUCCUGGCCCAGUUCUGCUCCCAGCCAAUCCUCUCCAUGACACUGGCCCGCUUCCUCAUGGGCCUGUUGCAAGGAGUUCAUUACCCUUCUCUCGCGAGUCUGUGCUCUCAGAAGGUGGUGGAAAGUGAGAGAGGCUUCCUCAUGAGCACCGUGGGUAGUGGCUCCUACCUGGGCACUCUGGUGAUUGGAGGGGCUGGCUCCCUCAUGUUGGACCUGUAUGGCUGGGAGAGUGUUUUUUAUGUCUCUGGUCUCCUCUCAGUCCUGUGGGCGUAUUGUAUGUGGAAAUAUCUACUAAAAGGAGAAGGGCCUAUCAUCACCCUCGAGUCCUUGGGAAGUGGUGGGCCCCAGUCCAAACUUUCCAAGAGACACUGGUUACGGCUCUUCAAACAACCUGCAGUCUGUGCUGUGAUUGUUACACACCUUUGCACAGCGAGCACCUUCUUCACUCUUUUGUCGUGGCUGCCAACAUUCUUUAAAGACACUUUCCCCGAUGCCAAGGGUUGGGUGUUCAAUGUCAUUCCCUGGUUGGUGGCCAUACCCUCAUCCCUCUUCAGUGGCUGCCUGUCUGACCACCUCAUCAGUCAAGGCUUUGAUACAGCCUCAGUGAGGAAGUUGAUGCAGUUUUUCUCCAUGGGUGUGUCCAGUGUGUUUACCCUUCUUCUGUGUGGUAACACCACCUUCCCCUGGGCUGUAGCAUUUGUGUCUGCCACCAUGGGCCUCACCACCUUCAGCCACAGCGGGGUGUCUGUAAAUGUUCAAGACCUUGCUCCUUCCUGUGCUGGAGCAUUAUUUGGGGUUAUGAAUACAUGCGGUGCUUUCUCAGGGGUCCUAAUGGUGUAUUUCUCGGGGUAUCUCAUCGAGGCCACAGGCUCGUGGGCGUCAGUGUUCGCCCUCAUCACCACAGUCAACCUGCUGGGCCUCUGCACCUUCCUGGCAUUCGCUGAGGCCCGCCGGGUCGACAUCGACUGUAGUAAGGUGCGCCACCACAACAUCCACGUCUAAUUCAUCAGUCAUCAGAGGGACAAGAAUGCUAUUCCCAAAGGAUAGGUGACCUUGGGCGACCAGCAGCUAAGACAUUAUCCACAUUGGAGAACUAGCCAAUGGAUAACAAGUGACACAUGGAUAAAGCCUGCAUAUAACAUCUGGGAAACUUUCAUUGGCUCUGUGUCUGGUUGAGGAAAUACUGCAUCAGUUACUGAAGAGCACACAGCAGAGUCCGCACAAUGAUACUGAAAAAUCUUACAGAGCUAAAGUGUUGAAUCCUAAAAGAACAUGGCUGUGUUAGUGGAUGCUCUGGAUGAGGUGGAAUGGGAAAGGAAACAGGAGAGAAAAAGUCCACACUACCUCCAGGUCCCAGCUUGUGCAGCGGGUGGUGGUCACACAGUUACUGGGCUACCGUUAACGCUUGUGACAGAAUGUGUUACUUAGGACUAGAAAAGUCACAGAGACUGUUUUAAUCCGAAAGCAGUAGCUCACUUUUUUGGUGUGUAUGUGUGCGUGUCAAAGGAGCUGUGAGAGUGAUGGACGUGUUAGUCUCAGGAGCUCCCUGACAGCUGUGACAGACCAAGGUGGUGUGUUCUCACCCCGCAGGGAUGGGGGAGGCAGUGUGUUUGACGCAGGGUGAGUCCAGCCUCUCAUAGCUCAAGUCUUUUAUUAGUAUGCCCCACUCACCCAUCUCUAAGAGAACUGUCUGAGUGACACCUCAUUACCCAGCCACUAAUUACUUGCCAGGCACUCUAAUGUACGAUCUGUACGAUUUACCUUCUACGGUCCCCAUCUCCAUGGUUACAAGCUCAUCUUAUUGUUACAGAGCAGAGGGCAACAAGGCUUUGACUGAGUACAUUCUCCCUGAUUGUUGACUUGAAGAAUAAGUCUUGACUCAGAAGACCAAAGGAUAAUAAUUACUUUUUUUUCUUUAUGUGAUUGCAUGUAAUAUAAAUACCUCACUUAAUUAUUUUGUGUACUUAUAUAUUUAUAUGGCUUCAAUUUUUUUUUUUUUUGGUGAAAAAAAAACUUAGUUUGAUAACAGAAAAAUAAAAUAUAUUAGGUUAGAUAAUAAUAAUAACUUUGAUCAUGAUGAUGGUCAUGGAAAAUCCUAGUAAGUUAUCAAAAAUGUGAUGCAGUAUGGAGAACCCCAAUAGACCUGCAAGUCUAGUAUCCUCACUUUUGUUGCUUUUCUGACCUGCACUUUCCUGUCUAAGGAGACAGAAUUGGUGGAAAGAAACUUGUGCAUAUAAUCAUAUCCAGCUUUUUUGCAUUAAAAGAUCCACCCUUAUUAUCGCACUAAACAUCAUUGUUAACUAGCCUCUAGACAGGAAAGGAUGUCGGUAUUUGGGAAGGAGAUUGUUACCAUUCACUUGUCAUGGCGGUUUCAAACGAAGUGUCUUUACACUCUGUCUCAUUAAGGCAGUUUUAAAUACCAUAGUCUCCAUGUUACACACUGACAUGACGAAUGUUGUGGGACAGUGUGGUGGAUUAAAAAUGAUGUCUUGGGUUCAUUUCAGUUGAGGAACUGGAGAACAUUUGGUGUAAUGUUAUUACUGCAAAGUAUGUAGCCAUAUAAAGCUAGCUGCAUAGUUCUGGCUGAAUGUUGAAAUGAUUGUAGCAUUUAGCUUUGGUGGUUUUGCAAUUUCAAUUUUUACAAAAUUAGAAGAUUUCAUGUCCAAUCUAGAUGCUUACUUGACAUGUGUACCUUAAAUCUAUGCAUUUAUUAUUUUGUGCCUAAUUUAAGCAAUGAGAGAACUACAAUAUAUGCUUAUUGUGGUCACACAGUGUCAUUGAUCAUUGCUAAUACUUUCCUUUUUUUUUAUUGCUUUUGUGUCACUUGUCAUUGUUAUUUACAUACAAAGGCACAUAAGCUUAUGUUUUCUUGGAUGUUUUCUAUGGGCACUUGGAUGUGUAUCUUUUGGUUGAACAUUUUGGUUUCACAGGUCUAAAUUCUGAAAUGCCCGCUAUGUUUCUUACAUUGUCAUGGUCAGUGGUUACAACAAUAUGGGAAUAAGAAAUUGACUAUACUAUAUAGCAUAAACGAUAUCUGAAAUCCGAUAUUGAUGUCAUUUUUAAUCUGCAUAUACACUAUGAUUUAUAGUGAUUGUACACAAAGUGUAUGCCUAGACCUUUCAGACACAUAAUGAAGUCUACUUACAUAAGACCACUGUACAAAAUAAGCAGCCUUCAACAUUUUUUUCAGCAGUUUUUUUUUUUUUUUUUUUUUGAAACCAAUGCAACACAUUCCUGAGAUGUUUAGCCAGCCUUAGCAUUUGUGGAUUAUUUACAGCUACCGUCAUUGCUUGUCUUUUUUUUUCUGUUACUGUGUUGAUGUCCUACAGAAUGUAAACAUCUUCACGAUUAAUAGCUGGAGGUUUGUUCACUAACAUAUCUCACUGUAGGUUCCUGAAAGCCUUCUGACAAAUAGUUUUUGAUAAUGUGUAAGAUAUGUAUGAUAAGAAAAAAACAUUAAUGCAAGAAAAUGCAGUAUUCUAAUGCUUUUGAGAUCUGUUGUAUUUAAAAGCAUAUAUUAACUUUGAAUAAA